GCAUAACACGGAAAUACACAGCACGAAAGCGAGAGACAGCUUUAGUUUUAGCUACAAUUUGCACCUAGCACGUCGACUCUUUUGCGCAAAAAUGUCAAAAUCACCUCACCUGAAAGUAAGCAGUGCGAGCACAGGGAUGGUUGACAACUUCCGUCAGUCUCUGUACCAUCAGGCAGAAAACCUGUUUUCCAACUACAUACCCUUAAAGAUUGUCCAUUUGGACAACCUUCUCAAGGAGGAUGCCCUUAGCAUCACAGAUCUCUCCUCACUCCAAGCCCCUUUAGACAUCCCCAUACCAGAACCCCCCACUCCUGAGGAAGAGGAAAUGGAGACUGACAAAAACGAAGAGGAGGAAAAGAAGAAGAAAAAGGCUCCUAAAUGUGGUUUCAUCAAAGGAAAUGAGAAGAUCGUGAUGCUGCUAGACAGGGUGAAACCUGAGAUUCUGGCGUUGAGAGAGACCUGCAUCACUGUAUCAUGUUGGAUUCAGCAUCUUAUUCCCAAAAUAGAAGAUGGGAAUGACUUUGGUGUUGCUAUUCAGGAGAAAAUUCUGGAGAGACUUGCUGCAGUGAAGACUAAAGUAGACGGUUUCCAGACCAAGAUUAACAAAUACUUCUCAGAGAGGGGUGAUGCAGUGGCAAAAGCCUCCAAAGACACUCAUGUGAUGGACUACCGCUCCCUGGUCCAUGAGAAGGAUGAGGCUGUGUUCUCUGAGAUCAGAGUGAUUCUGCUGGACAUGCGUGGCUUCUAUGCUGAAUUUUAUGACAUCAUCAGCAAGAACCAGGAAAAAGUGACCAAUCCAAAGGGAGAGGAGAAGCCUUCAAUGUAUUGAGUUGUGUGUGGGAAUACUACGUUUUAAUGAACUAUGAAAAACCACUGAUACUAGGGGAUUACAAUACCAAUCAAUGCUUUUUGUUGAACUCCCAUUGUGUGCUUAAGUAUAAGUGCAUCAGCUUUUAAAACCAUAAACACAAUUGAACCUGUUCUUUUAACAAGAUUUGUUUCAAGAUAAAUAAAACAACUUUGCUGUU